AUUAAAAGCCCAUGGUGUAAUUUUCGGUCAGGAGAGCCGAGUACAGCUGUAAGAUUUGUGUACGUUCGAUGAUGACGUCCACAGAGCCGGACCGUGAGCUUCAAAACGUGUGUGCUGCAGCAGAGAUGCCGUGUAAAGAGACGUCUCCGGACUCUAAGUGUCCAAUCUGUCUGGACCACUUCAGGAACAUGUCUUACGCGGACAGGUGUUUCCACCGGUUCUGUUUCCGCUGCAUCCUGGAGUGGGGCAAGAACAAAGCCGAGUGUCCACUGUGUAAGCAGCCCUUUAGCGCUGUGUACCACUCGGUCCGGUCCGAGCAUGACUUCAAAGUGUAUGAGCUGCGUCCGGCCGAGAACGGAUCCUUUGGUAGUGUGCAGGGUCAGAGAUUCCGCUACCGGACCACGCUAACACACAGGCGCCGCUCGACAGUACAGAUGCACAGGAGCUCACGCCAACAGGAAGUGAUGUGUUUUCGCCGUUGGCUGUAUCGAUGUGAUGUGCGGGUGCAUGGCGUGCGAGACGGCGGUCGUUCCCGCGACAUGUCUGCCGAAUUCUUCCGUAAAAAUCCGGCUUGUCUGCAUCGACUAGUUCCUUGGCUGAAGCGGGAGCUGGCAGUGCUCUACGGCUCACAUGACUCAGUCGCUGAUGUCGUUCUUCACCUGAUAUUAUCUAUGAUCACACGUCAUGAUAUACAAGAUGAGGCCUUCCUGCAGGAACUCCGCCCCUUUCUGUCAUCAAGAACUGAGCACUUCUUGCAUGAAUUCCUGAGUUUCGCAAAGUCACCUUUCAACAUGGAAGCGUAUGAUCGCCACGCUGUUUAUGACUGCCCUGCCCCCUCUCAUCUUUCUGCCAUCUCUGAGGAUGAUGGAGACCAUAGCUCUGCCCCUUCACCCUGGGAUGAUGAAACUCCAGGUCCAAGCUAUUCUAGUGCCACGCACAGUGUGUUUACUGUAACCAUUAGUGACUCAGAUGUAGAUAGUGCAAGUGAAGAAGUAGCAGCAGAGUCUGUAAGCAUUAAUGCUAACAGUAAUGUCACCAACUCUCAAGCAGAUGAGGAGGAUUACAGCAGCGAUGGAGACUGCAUCAUCGUAGGCUUCAUCAAACCCAAUGCACAACGGACUCCUGAGCUCGUCCACCUGUCUUCUGAUUCUGAAGCAUCAGCGCAAGAAGAUCCAGAACCGCCUCCUUCCAACAAAUCAGACAGGAGAGAUCUGACCAAUCUGAGAAGUAGGAAUAGAUACGACAUACUCCCCCACUCUGCUACAAAACACAACUCUACAAGAAGAGAUGGGAGCAGGGACGGGAGCAGGGACAGGAGCAGGGACAGGAGCAGGGACAGGAGCAGGGACAGGAGCAGGGGCAGGAGCAGGGACUGGGGCAGGGACGGGGGCAGGGACGGGAGCCGGGGCGGGAGCCGGGAUGGGAGGAGGUACAGUAAUUAUUUCAAACACAGCUACAGGUGGCGCUCUCCCUCACUCAGCUAUAAGGACAAAAGAAAAAGAAGGAAAGCAAUCAAUCACAGCUCUCCAUGUGACACAUUCCAACACAGGCACAGCAGAUACACGAACACACGCUACAGACGAGACAUGCCACAGCGAUCACGUGCACGCUCACGAUCACGUGCACGCUCACGAUCUAGGACUCAUUUGUGCUCUAGAAGUUCUAGAACCCGUCUGCUGUCAAGGUCUAGUUCUCAUUCACGCUCGAGAUCCACGACUCGUGUACCCUCCUACUCUGGAAGCUGGAGAACACAAGCUUCUCCACAGAGCAGGAAACACUCUAAGCACCUCUCUGUAAGCCCCUCCCCUUCUUCAAACUGGAGUUCAAGCCACAGCAAACACAACAGAAAGCAGAAGCAUAAAUCCCUUCAUCGAACGAGAACAAGGAGGAGCAAAGACAAGCAUCAUGUUAAAAAGAAAAAGAAGGAGAAGAAGAGGAGGAGGAGCUUAAGCACGGAGGUCAGUGCUGAGCGUAGGAAACAUCAUAAGAAGAAGAAAAAACACAAGACAGCGAGGAAGUAUUGGAGUGAGAGGACAGGGCAGAGCUCAGAAGGGAGAUCACCCACUGUCAUAAACAUUCACACUGAAACACAGUCUGCUGAGGAGCUUCUGAGUUCCUCCUGUGGGGCACCAUCUCAAAACACAGCUUCAAACUCUGCAUCUGAUGAAACUCUCCUGAAUUAUUCAGAAACACUUCGUCAUUCCAGUUGAGAUCAUCGCUGACAAAUUUGGUUCAUAAAAUCUUAAAACUCAUAAAAAAUACUCUGUGACAUGACAAUUCAGAUGAAAGAGUUUCAAGUCAUUGUAUAAGCUAAUUAAUGCUCCUAAUGACAUCACGUAUUUCCAGUUGUUAUGGAGGUGGGACAGACGUCUGUCCAGUCUUCGCCCCAUAACCACACCGUGGCUUUGAACAUUACAGUGCUCCUGAAAUCAAUUUUUAAAAGUCAGAUGAAUUAAUACUUAUUUUUCAGACUGCCUGUAAAUAUUAAAGAUAAUUUGAAACGUU